AUGACCGACGUCCCUCGCCUCAAGAAGAUGAUGGUCUGGUUGCCGCGCCGCCCGCGGAGCUCACGAUUCAGUCCCCCCAGCGACGGGACCGGGUCUCCAACGUCAUUUGACGCGGCUCGUGCAGCGAUGUGCCUCCUGAAAGAGGAAGACCACGUGUGGACGAUCGAGACCUGCAUGGAGACCAUCAACCUCCUGCGCGCUCGGAACAAUGCUCUCAAGGAGCAGCUGCUCGACGUCGACACGAACUUCACCGACCACGUGCAAGCGCGGCAGCGGAAGAUCCAGGAGCUCACCCUGGCGGUCGAGAGCGCCUCCGCGAUCAAAGAACAGCUUGAAGCGACCGUGGAGUCGGAGAGAGGCGACCGCCGGCGGCAGGAGAGGGACCAGCAGCGCCAGAGGGAAGCGGAAGCUGCUGCCUAUCAGGAGACCAUAAAAGCUCUCACGUCUGAGGUGGAGAGCUUGCAGGGGUAUUCUGGCGAGAGGGACCGCGUCAACGCCCAGCUAGCGGCGCUCGAAGCGGCAAACGCGGAGCUUCAGGAUCAGCAAGAGAUAAAGCUUCAAUCGCUGAGGAAGAAGCUCUCGGAGGUUGAAGCGGCAAAGGAAGACGAGGUCGCCCGGUUGGUGCUCGAGGCGAAGGAGAACAUGCGCGAUGAGGUCGAGAUCGCGUUCGGGGGCGCACACGAAAGACUCCUUCAGGAAAACCAGGAGCUGAAAGACAAACUGAAGCAGCUCGACUCCAAGCUUCAGAUUAUUCUGUCGGAGCUUGAGCACGAGACCGCGGCAAAGGCGGGCUUGAAGACGGAGCUGGAGAUAGCCAGAGCCAUGGAGAGCAAAUCGGCGGGGAAAAUCAAGUACUACAUGAGGAUGCUGAAACGGAGCGCCGCCGAGCUCGCUCAUCAGUGUGAGAGUGGCGGCCACAACAGAGGGUACGGGUCAUCAUUUUUCAACGACCAUGGAGGGAAUGCCGCCGCUGCCGAUGAGGCGUCGAACCUACGAGGGUGCCAAUCGUCCAGCUUAGAAGGAAGAAGCAAGGCGGGGGCAGGAAGAGGAGACGGGGUAAGAAAGGCGCCGUCUAAGGGGGGCACAAGACCGGGGACCGCGCCGGCCAAGGUUCGCUCAGGCGGGGGCAGGGUCGGGGGAAGAGAAGGCGGCGGCCAUGGAAACAACGGCAAAGCAGGAGAGCAGGAAUCCCUCAACAGCGCAAUUUUGAUUGACGGAGAUUGUGCGCGUCAAAGAAGCGGCUGCUGCAGCGGCGGCGGCGGCCGCGGCCCCGGCUGUGAAAAAAACAGCCAACCACACACCCCAACCGAUAAACCAAAUCAACUGAGGAAAAGGAGGGCACAAACCGCGGCACGAUCGCGAGCCAGCGCCCCAACUGAUAACGUCGGCGGCAACUACGGUAGCCGAUGCUGGUGUGGCAGUGGAGGCAACGGGGCAGGAACCGGGAAACGCUGCAGUACUUGUGCAGGGGGGACCAAGAGACAUCCCAGGAGAAGGGCUCAGACCGCGGACCGAUCUCGAGCACGGUCGUCCGCGAACGGCUCACCCCAGUACAACAUAUGUGGCCGCAAUUAUUACCCCGCACCAGAAACACCCCCCCCGCCGUCACAAUCCAGGCCUCCUCCUCCUCGGACCGGCGGCGACGGCGGGGGCGACGCAGACUACGUUCCCGUCAUGGCCGCCGACGGAAGGGUCGACCAAGCCCCGGCAAGGGGCACGAUUGAUGUGGUCGACACCAUCGGCCGACACGCGCAGAGAAGAACGCCGCAGGCGGGGACAGGGAGGGGAGGUGCCAGCGAUGGCCAGCGCAGCGACGGGGGACCGGGGCAAGAAAAUAUCGAGGAAAACGAAGCUGCUGCUGUCGCCGCCACUGCCGAAGGAAGGAAAGCGGGAGGACGAGGACGAGGAGAAGGAGAGGCGGUGCUUCUGGCCGAAAGGAGGGUUCCGCAGGCACCGACGUGCGAGAUGGCACGACCGCCAAACGGUGGCAGCAGGAGCGGUGGGCAGCAAAAAAUGAAGCACGACGUGGGGGCGGCAGCGGCGGCGGCGGAAGUGGCAGCGGUGAAUGGAGGGGCAGUGGGAGAUCUCCCCCCCUCCCGCUGCCCGAAGGAGGGGGUCGACAUGGAAAGAUCGGGGUCCGCAGGGGACGGGCGAGCUGUGCAGAACCGUGAGCACGAGUUGUUCCAAACUCUCAUCAGAAGGGCAGAUCCGGAGAAGGACGCAGCGAACAGCUGGACACAGCAGAACCUUGACCUCGACAACGAGCCCGCUCUUCGAGUCGACGAUCACGACAGGAAUUGCGACACUCUCGCCGUCGGUCAGCAGUCGUGGGGGGAAGAAGAACGGCUUCUCAGGGCGGUGGAUGACGGUGACCUGGACCUGCUCUCACCCCGUGGCAGGCAACAACAAGAUAACUGCCAUAACCCUCCUUCAAGAGCCGCCAGAGCACGGGCGGCGCUUGCCGUCGCAGCGAAGGGGGGCCCCUUCGCCGCCAGCCCGCCGCGCCCGCAACAGACGGUGCUCGUGCGGGAGAGGCUCGGCGGCGUCGGCACCGGCGCGCCGACGGCACCCCGACAGUCGGAGAUCGAUGCGGUAGCCGCCGAGGAAGCUGCCAAGGCGGUGAUGGAGGCCGCCACUGCCCAAAGGGCGGCGCAGAGGCUAGCCGCGGCGGCGGCGGCGGCGGCGGCGGCGGCUCAACUAACGGGGGAAGCGGGUGGUGUUGGUGUUGGUGUGGCUCCGGCGGAGGCGGGAGGAGCGGGAGCGACAACGGCGGCGGAGAAUGCCACUGACGAGGGUGGAGACGGCGGUAAUGACGGUGGUGGUGCCUCUGGCGGCUUCUCUCGGCAAGACAUGAUGAUGAUGGCCGGGGAACCCGCCGGACAGAGAGGAGCGGGAGAGACACCCCCCUCGCGGGGUUCACUUCAUUCCUAA